AGCAAGAUCAACCGUGAAACACAGGGGAUCAUCACCGAAAAAACGGGGGAAAACUAACGACCGAAUAUAAACCGACGCGAACGGUCGAAACGAGAAUAGCAACCUCUCUUUCUUCCCCCGAAUAUUCUCUCUCUUUCUUGGUCCAUUUUCUUUUCCUUUGAGUUUUCAAGCACUUGAAAGAAAAUCCAAACAAACAAAAAAGAAAAUUUUUUGGAUUUAAAGAGCAGCGAUUCUCGACCCAAAGACUCAGAUGAAUGAGUUUGGUUGUUUUUCAUUGGUUUUGAAAAGAGCGCGGCAUCGAUGGGGGAUCGUAGGAGGCACGGUGUCGUUUCGUGGAGCAGGUUUUACUGGUUCACUGCCGUCGUCGUCUUCUCUUUCGCUCUUUUCUCUGGAUUCUCCUUCUCCACCUUUAGCCUUCUCUUUGGAGAGACGUUUCAUCCUGUGUUGAGCUCCACGCGCCGAACUUCAACCGUAAACGCCGUCGUCUCCAACGAAUUUCCGGUAGCCCCGGUGCUCUUGAUUCGUGAAACCGUUUUGCUACCUGAUCAAGUUAUACUUUUCCUAAAAUACCCUCCACCGGCUCGUUUAUUUACCAAAGAGGAACUCGUUUGUGUUUACCUCUCGGCUCAUAAUAGCUCAUCCGAGCCUCGAGUUAAGCAGCCGCCAGCUCGUGUUGAUACCGAGCAGCUUGGAGAGCAGAUCGUACGAUGUCCCAGUUGUCCACGUGGAAUGAUUGUAACGGUUGGUUCAAAGUCAAAUGGGGUCAUCCCUGCUGGACCCACUCAUCGGUGGGACUCACUUGCUUACGAGGCUUUGAUUGAUAAUGAUAAUACUACAAUCGUUUUUGUCAAGGGCCUUAAUCUACGGCCAGGAAGAGUUUCCAAUGCAUCAAGAUUUGACUGCAUGUACGGCUGGGAUUUUAAGAGGUCAAAGUUGUUGUUGAGAUCAAAGGUUUUAUCUAUUGCUCAAGAGAUCAUUCGGUGCAAAACCCCUUUAAGUGUUUUGAACAGUCAAAAAAUCAAUCUUUCUGUCAAAGUUUCAGUUAGGAUCAAGGGCAGCGGAAUCUUACCUUCCAUAGCCCGAUUGAGUUACUUGGUGGAUCCGGGUCUUGACUCUGUACCCACCCGAAAGCCACAUGAAAUGUGCAUUUGCACCAUGGCACGUAACCAAGCAAGGUUUUUGAAGGAAUGGGUCAUGUACCAUGCCCAAAUUGGGGUACAACGUUGGUUCAUAUAUGAUAACAAUAGCGACGAUGACACAGAUAGUGUUAUCGAAUCAUUAUUUGAUGCUAAUUAUAAUAUUUCACGACACAUUUGGCCUUGGAUUAAGACUCAAGAAGCAGGAUUUGCUCAUUGUGCCCUGAGAGCUAGGGAUUCUUGUGAUUGGGUUGGAUUUAUUGAUGUAGAUGAGUUUUUUCACUCCCCAUCAGGAUUAAUGUUACAAGAUGUGCUUAGAAACCUAAGCUCAAUCACAACUGAUGAAUUUGAGAACUUUCUUAUUGGUGAAAUGCGAGUUUCUUGUUACAGUUUUGGACCGUCGGGGCUCAAACACGUGCCCCAACAAGGCGUGAUGGUUGGGUACACAUGUAGGAUGAUGGCGCCGGAGAGGCACAAGAGUAUAGUUAGGCCAGAGGCAUUGAAUUCUUCAUUAGUCAACGUGGUGCAUCAUUUUCAUUUGAGGGAUGGUUUUAGAUUUGUAGAUGUUGAUAAAACAAUGAUGGUCUUGAAUCACUACAAGUUCCAAGUUUGGGAGGUGUUCAAAGAGAAGUUCUAUAGGAGAGUGGCUACCUAUGUGGCUGAUUGGCAAGAUGAGCAAAAUGUAGGGUCCAAAGAUCGAGCACCUGGGCUGGGGACAAGAGCGGUUGAACCUGUUGAUUGGUCAAGUUGGUUCUGUGAGGUCAUGGACACUGGGCUAAGAGAUAGGGUGUUGCAAAACUUUGCCAACCCCAUAACUUUCCUUCUCCCAUGGCAGAAUCCAGAUGAUGUGAAAGCAGAGUUUGUUUAGUAGAAGAAAAGAAGUGUAGAAAGAGCAAAAGAAGGCAUAGAGUACUGUAAUGACUUUUUUUUGUUUUAUUUCCUUACACAUUAAUGUAGAAAUUGGGUCAAUUUUUUUUUUGUAAAUAACAAAUUCCUGUUAAUAGGGUUUGACACAA